AUGGCGUACGUGACCCACGCCUCGCCCGGCACGUUCACCUGUCAAUCAUCGGCGCCUCAAAGAUCAUCCAUCCUCACCCACAGGCGCCACCUCAAAGAUAAUCCUUCCUCACCCACAGGCGCCACCUCUGCCUCAACACAUCCAUCCUCACCCACAGGCGCCACCUCAAACAUCAUCCAUCCCACCCACAGGCGCCACCUCAAAGAUCAUCCAUCCUCACCCACAGGCGCCACCUCACCCUCAACACAUCCAUCCUCACCCACAGGCGCCACCUCAAACAUCAUCCAUCCCACCCACAGGCGCCACCUCAAACAUCAUCCAUCCCACCCACAGGCGCCACCUCAAACAUCAUCCCAUCCCACCUCACCCUCAACACCAACCAUCCUCACCCACAGGCGCCACCUCAAACAUCAUCCAUCCCACCCACAGGCGCCACCUCAAAGAUCAUCCAUCCUCACCCACAGGCGCCACCUCAAAGAUCAUCCAUCCUCACCCACAGGCGCCACCUCAAAGAUCAUCCAUCCUCACCCACAGGCGCCACCUCAAAGAUCAUCCAUCCCACCCACAGGCGCCACCUCAAAGAUCAUCCAUCCUCACCCACAGGCGCCACCUCAAACAUCAUCCAUCCUCACCCAGAGGCGCCACCUCGACCUCAACACAUCCAUCCUCACCCACAGGCGCCACCUCAAACACCAUCCAUCCUCACCCACAGGCGCCACCUCAAAGAUCAUCCAUCCUCACCCACAGGCGCCACCUCAAACAUCAUCCAUCCUCACCCACAGGCGCCACCUCAAAGAUCAUCCAUCCUCACCCACUGUCGCCACCUCAAAGAUCAUCCAUCCUCACCCACAGGCGCCACCUCAAAGAUCAUCCAUCCCACCCACAGGCGCCACCUCAAACAUCAUCCCAUCCCACCUCACCCUCAACACCAACCAUCCUCACCCACAGGCGCCACCUCACCCUCAACACCAACCAUCCUCACCCACAGGCGCCACCUCACCCUCAACACCAACCAUCCUCACCCACAGGCGCCACCUCACCCUCAACACCAUCCAUCCUCACCCACAGGCGCCACCUCACCCUCAACACCAUCCAUCCUCACCCACAGGCGCCACCUCACCCUCAACACCAUCCAUCCUCACCCACAGGCGCCAACUCAAAGAUCAUCCAUCCUCACCCACAGGCGCCACCUCACCCUCAACACCAACCAUCCUCACCCACAGGCGCCACCUCACCCUCAACACCAUCCAUCCUCACCCACAGGCGCCACCUCAAGGAUCAUCCCAUCCCACCUCACCCUCAACACCAUCCAUCCUCACCCACAGAUUUUGA